AUGUACUACGUCGUCUUUCAAGGCACCGAAAAAGAAGGCAAAGCAGCAGUCUCCGAGCAAUACUACAAUACCCUCGUGCCCCUGCUCAAGGCCAGCCGUGGCUUCAUCAAGGAAACUGGGUUUGCAGCCGUGCACAAAGAGAGGUUGACAGUCUUGGUAGCAAGUUUCGAAGAUGAGGGUGCAAUCAAGCGCUGGCGAAAUGAACCCACACAUAUCAGAAUCCAGGGCAAAGCGGCCCAUGGCAUUUAUGAGGACUAUCACAUCCGUAUCGGCCCUCUUCUAAAUUCGGUCGGCCAACAAACAAACCAGGAUGACGAGGAGACAAAGCAGUGCAUCCUGCUGUACUAUCGAGACAGCUUCGAGGGCACACCGGCCGACAGUAUAACGUCAUUGAUAGACGUGGGCAAAACUGCGAAAGAGAUAUCGGAUGAGUUGCUUGACUCUUCUGUCUACGAAGGGCCUCAGAUCCUUUGGAUUUCGGCUUGGAAGUCGGAGGCCGCUGCGAGCAGAUUCGAGAAACUGCUACCCCGAACUCCUGGCGACGACGUCAAGUUCAUUCUUGUGCAGAGGGAUUAUAGCCAGGCCAGUCGGAAGGAAGCGCCCAGCGCGACUGCAGGCGGAGAACCGAAGGAGUAA